UGCAAUGAUCUUUUAAUGAGUGUGGGAGAAAACCCCUGAGCCUCCCAAGAAGAAAUCCCCGAUCGAGUGUCAUCAGCCGAGCCUAGGAGGGAAGAAAAAGCACCGAGCCAAGUGCCAAACACACAAUGGGCUUGCUAGAUGGAUAUGAAAAAUCACUGCAGCAGCAGCAGGCAGGGGAGAGAUUAAAUUCACAGGCGAGCCAGGAGCCUCUGGCUUUGCUCUCAUAUCCCCCCCCCUCCUUUUGCAUGUGCAGCGCCUCUCCAGCCCGGUUGUCCUCGCUGCUCCCUCCCCAUGGGCUCUGCACAGCCGACCUCUCUCUCUCUCUCUGCUGUUUCUUGGGGCUCUGGUGAUGGACAGCUGAGGAUCUGGUACCCAAAGGAACUGGGCAGGCACUAGACACCAACCCCACUACUUGCGGGAAGGGAGCUCUGUGCGGACCGGAGCAGUUGAUCUCUUCGCUUUUGGGGAGGAGGGGGGCUAGAGGGAGCGGAUUUCACAGCUGAUUUCGCUUGGGCUCCUGGUCUGGCACUUUUUCUUUGGGCAGCCUGCGGUUUUGUUGCAAUUGCAGAGAGAGAAAGAGGGAGGGAUUGCUCCGAGACUUGGACUAUCCUCUGGGGCUUCGCAUCCUACCUCCAGCCAUUGAGACCAAGUGGCAUUUUGCAGGCUGGACCUCAGGUUCAUUUUCGGGCGGUGGGCUGUUUUAUUCCCUCCCUUGUCCUCCCUCCUCGGAGCCAGAGAGACACACACAGGACUGGCCGGGCUUUUGCUUUUUCUUUUUGGCUGGGCAAGCUCUUGUUCUGAGAAAGGAGCCCCUCACCUCCGCCCUCCCUCCCCCCGAUGAGAGGCUGCUGGGCUCCAGGGAUCCGGCUCAGCAGCGAGCGGAGGCAAAGCCAGGGGGCAGCCAGGCGGUGCACCAGCUGCUACUGAUCCCGCUGCAAACUUUUCUACCUGCACCCGGUGCCCCGCCACGGCAUGUAAAGGAAGCGCCAGCAGCGUCCUGCUUCACCUGAGAGCCCGAGCCCAGCCCCCCGGUUACCCAGGUCGUGAGCUGACGAGCCCCUUCGCCCAGAGGAGUGAUGCUGAUCAGAGAGCUGCUGCUGCUCCUCCACUGCUGCUGGCCUUCCCUGCUGCUGCACUGUGCCCUCCACCCCCUCUGGGGCGUCAUUCAGAUCAUUCAAGGUGAACCACAGAAGUCAUGUUCCAAGUCUGUAGCAGAGAAGGUUACGGAGAGUUGCCAGCAAAUCUGCCAGUGUAGACCACCUCCUCUAUUACCACCACCUCCACCACCCCCACCACCUCCUAGGUUGCUUGUGGUCCCAACUCCCAAGUCUACCUUUUGCCCCACUGAAGAGACCUGGUGGCCAGGCCUGGUUAUAAUCAUUGCGGUAUGCUGCGCCACACUAGUGUUCCUCUUUGUAGUUGUCAUCAUUUGCUACAAAGCCAUAAAAAGAUAACACAGAGAUUCUGAUGAGACGGUGGAGACACAUUCCUUAAAGAAAGAAAGAAAUGUGUAACUGGGAAACACAGGAGAAACAGACAACCCAGAAUUACAAUUUCCAAUUCUAGUUUAUAUGGGCUACCUGUAGAAUUGUUCUCUUCAUACUUGUAUUUAUCUACUCCAUUUCUCCCCCCUAUGGCAUAUAAUUUUAUUUAAAGAGACCUGGAAAAAAUUACAAAUUAUAGACUUGAUUCUUUCCUGUAUACCAAUAUCUGUUGCUAGUAACUUCAUCGAAGUUAGCAACUCCACCAGUGUAAAAUUGCUGUGAGGAGAAUUAAGUCCAAUGCACAUUUCUGUGUUAUUAAAAGCACCUUUAUUGUUAGUAUUGAAAGAAAAUGAACAAUUGCAUGUACUUUUCACUAUUGGGGCUGUUUGUUUACUUUUUCCAUUCCAUUCACUUUGGCCAUUGAUAGCAGAUUGGUUUGGGGGUCUAUAGACUUCACUGUUCACUUGCUGUGUGCUACCACAAUGCUCAUCUAGGCUUGGUUUUCUAACACUGCAGAGGAAUGUUCAAUCCCUUGGCCUUCUCUCCUCUUGGCAGCAGUUUUCAUUUAGGGCCUGAACCUCGAGUUUGCUCUGCCCCCUUUGUACAGCACCAAUGGCACAAAGGGUAUGGUGCUGACAGCUUGGGAUUCCACUGGCAAGGGGAAGCUUUGCCACGUUUACGCCACCAGUUCCUGGCCCAAAGCCCACAUGGGGGUUCAAAUAUGGAGUUUGCUUUUCUCCAACUAUCCUGGGCCAACAGAACAGCCCCUAAAUGGGUCAUUAUUGAGGUUGCUUGAAUGUGUUAUAUGGACUGAGAGGACACGCCAGCUGCCUCCAGGGUCGAGCGAAGGGGUGGAAGAAAGGUAGCAGAAAGCCACUUACGCUGGCUCUUUCUUUUUCCUUUGAGAGGCGUGGAUAAAAGUGAGACUAUUUCUAUUUAUAUUAAAUAGUUUUUUAAGCAACCAUAUUUUGGAAUUGUGGCACAUUGAAAUACUACUGCAUUUUUUUACUCCUGUAUGCUGAACUCAACAGAAAUAAAACCUGCUUUCACUUCACAGAGGCACUGAAAACUCCCUUUUUGUGUUUCUAUAGUAAAAAAAAUUUUUUUUGAAGUAUUAGGGGGAUACUGAAUUUUAGAGCCUGAUCCUUUUAGCUGCUGUGAAUUCCACACAUGGAGCCUCUUCAGCAUGGGGCCCGGAGAUGCUUCAAUGUACAGAGAGACACUAACUCCCAUUCAGGCUGCUGAGCAUGUCACAGGUUUGGGCCCUACAUUUGUAAUUUACAUGUCGCCAUUCUGAACUAAACUUUUAUUCCCAUUUCUAGGUGGUCCCAGCCUCUUGAAGUUUUAAUAAACCUACUUGUGGCAAAUAUUACAAGGCCUGAUAAUCUCUUGUUUCAAUUAAUUAUCCACUGAUCUUUUAUUCUUUUUGUCCAGCAGGUCUUACACAUCCAUUCAAAAUCAUGUCACAAUGAGAUAAAUAAGGCCAGACCAUCCUCUGUGUAAAAUCAAGAUAGCUCUACUGGAGACAGUGACUGGAGCUAUGCCAAAUGCACACCAGCUGAGGAUCUGACCUAAGGGGUUUUGUAAAACAGGCAAACUAUUUUCACUAGUUAGCGGAGAUCAAGAGCCCAAAAUGCUUUUCCUUUAAGAAAUUUGCUGAAGAAAGAACAUAAAAAUGCCACUUGCACUGCAUUGUUGUGGUUGCAUUUCAGUGUUGCAGAGAGCUAGCACAGAAGAGGAUGUAUAUUUAUCUGACAAACAUGAUUUACCAUUCAAUGUUAAGCUUUUAUUUAACAUUAGGUUCUAUAAACAUGUGAAGUGUAUCCAUUAAAUGGCUGUUCUGAUACUCUCUUGAUUUUAGGAUACAUGCACAUUAAAGCAUACAUGGUGGAGAGGUUAUUAUGGACUCUGACUUUGAAGCACCAUUACACGCAUGUACUGGGAGCUAUAGUCACCUGCUUUAAGCUAUGCAGAGCUGCAUGUACAUUUCAUUUGAAACUGUUCUCUAUGAAGAGUACACUGAUCGAUUUGCUAUACAUCAACGUUCUGUGUGUAGUAAAUUGCACUUUAAAGAGAUGCAAAACACUUGUUAGAGAACCACCUGUUUCUCCUGCCACUGAGUGAGUAUCAUGGAUGUGAAGAGUUCCCCACUUACACUCUCACUAAUUCUGGAGCACCUACCCCAUGAAAAGUAGUACUGAGGUGGCAAUGUGUAAAUAACAGUGCUGUAGCACAGAGAUACUCAGACUUCAGUGGUCUAGGAACCAAAUUAGCAUCAACAUUACCCAAAAGACCCACAGUAGUGUGAAUUCAUGGCUUCAGUUACUAUUUUUAUAUAUUAUUCUCACAACAAAAUGACUGACCAAGUAUUAUUUUAUCAACUACAAUUGGUUAAUAACAUAGUAAAAGCAUCCUGAUUGGUUAAUAACUUAGAUUGAUUAAUACUUAAAUCACAGAGUUUUAAUAUCAUGUGCUGCAAAGAGUAUAAUAUAACCGUUGUGACUCACGAGCCUCAGUCUGAGUAUCACUGGUCUAGAACAUCAUCUUAAAGGUGAUUCAAAGAGUUUUAUACAGAGCGAGGUGAGGAACAGACAAUCUUAUCAGACAUUAAACAGGAUAAAAGUAUUCCCCCUAUAGCAUAGGAGGGAGGGAUAGCUCAGUGGUUUGAGCAUUGGCCUGCUAAACCCAGGGUUGUGAGUUCAGUCCUUGAGGGGGCCACUUAGGGAUCUGGGACAAAAU